AUGGCCUCCGCAAAGUUUCGCAAGCCUCCGCAGGCGCCUCCCAGUUUCACGGCAACGCCUGAAUCACUCGUGACAGACACGAAGGACAUGUUGGCUAGCUCAAAGAAAAUCACGGACGAGAUUGUUGCUCAAAUCUCGCACAAGGAUGCCACGUUUAAGAAUGUGCUUCUGCCCAUGGCGCAUGACGAAAACCAGCAAACAUUGAAAGCCCACAUUCUGGGUUUUUAUCAGUCCGUCUCGACCGACCAGGCACUACGGGAUGCUUCAACUGAAGCAGAGAAACUCAUGGAUGACUUCAGCAUUGAAGCGGCUAUGCGGGAGGACGUCUUCAAUCUGGUCGACGCCGUACUCCAAAAGGGCGACAAGCUGGAUCCCGAGUCCCAGAGGUUGCUAGAGAAGGAGCAUAAGGCCUUUGUCCGAAAUGGGUUGAAUAUUCCCGCAGGACCCAAGCGGGAUCGGUUCAAGGAGAUCAAGAAGAGACUCAGCCAGCUGGGCAUUGCAUUUUCCAAGAACCUGAAUGAAGAGAAGGGUGGUCUGUGGUUCACCGCUGAAGAGCUCAAUGGUGUCCCGGAAGACGUCUUCGCCACGAGACGCACAGUCUUUAUUGCCAACGAGAACAAAUGCAACCAAAAUGUUCCGUUGUUUCGAGAAGCCAUCCUGCUCAGAGAUGAAGCCGCUCGCCUGCUUGGAUACCCCAACCACGCUGCUUUCAGGAUCGAGGACAAGAUGGCAAAGACCACCAAGACUGUGGACGACUUCCUGGCUGAUUUGCGCAACCGAUUGAGCCAAGGGGGUUUGGACGAGAUUGCAACUUUGAAGAAAAUGAAAGAGGAAGACCUGAAAUCUCGUGGCGAGGACUUUGAUGGCCGCUACUAUCUGUGGGACCACCGCUUUUACGACCGGAUGAUGGAGGAGAAGGACUAUCAGCUGGACCAACAGUUGAUCUCGGAGUGGUUCCCACUGCAAACCACGAUCAAAAGCAUGCUUGAGAUCUUUGAACAAAUCUUCGGCCUGGUCUUUGUGGAGAUUGUAGGCAAUGAUCGAGACACUGUCUCUCCAUCCGGCAAGGGCGAGGACAUUGUGUGGCACGAGGAGGUGCAGGUCUUUAGCGUGUGGGACGACGAAGGUGAAGGUGGAGGGUUUGUGGGAUACCUCUACCUGGACCUGUUCCCUCGCACUGGCAAAUAUGGACAUGCUGCCAACUUCAAUCUCCAACCAGGCUUCAUCCAAGAAAACGGAACGAGGAGAUACCCAGCCACAGCUCUCGUGUGCAACUUCUCCAAACCCACGGCAAAGAAACCGAGUCUGCUAAAACACGAUGAAGUCACCACCCUCUUCCACGAACUCGGUCACGGCAUUCAUGAUCUUGUAUCACGUACAACCUACUCGCGAUUCCAUGGUACCAACACCGUUAGAGAUUUUGUCGAGGCACCAAGCCAGAUGUUGGAGAAUUGGUGCUGGACGCCAUCCCAGCUCAAGUCCUUGAGUAGACACUAUUCGACGCUGUCGUCCGAAUAUUAUGAGGCAUGGAAAGAGGCAGCAGGUGGCGCGGCCACCCAAAAGCCCGAGGAGCGCAUCCCAGAUGAUCUGAUACAGAAACUGAUCAAAACGAAGAACCUCAAUGGCGCCUUGUUCAAUCUCCGCCAACUCCACUUUGGCAUCUUCGACAUGACGAUACACGAACCUAAAGACCAUGCCAGCCUCGAAGCGAUGAACAUAUCCGAGACGUACAAUGCCUUGAGAAAGGACAUUAGCAAGAUUGAUGGGCCGGAAGUGUUUGGCGAAGGUAACGCUUGGGGUAAUGGGCAAGCCACCUUUGGCCAUCUGAUGGGUGGUUAUGAUGCCGGAUAUUACGGCUACCUCUCCUCCCAGGUCUACUCGACGGACAUGUUCUAUACGGUCUUCAAGAAGAAUCCCAUGGACCCCAAAGAGGGUCGCCGCUACCGCCACACCGUCCUCGAAAAGGGCGGCAGUCAAGACGAAAUGAAGACACUGAUCGAAUUCCUUGGCCGGGAGCCCAAGACCGACGCCUUUUACGAGGAGCUGGGGCUCACCAGAUCAACGUAG